UGAGAGUAAUGUUACAGAGCUGAACGCUGAGGAGACUGCGUAUCCCUAGCGCUCCCACAUACAGCCAUUGCAGUGCAUUGAGAUAGAGUGACAGCUUUGGGAAAGGAAAACAUAAAACCCAACAAGCAAGAUGGGCAGAGAUCCUAAAAAGCCAAGGGGCAAAAUGUCCUCGUAUGCCUACUUUGUUCAGACUUGCAGAGAGGAGCACAAGAAGAAGCACCCAGAUGCAUCUGUCAACUUCUCUGAGUUUUCAAAGAAAUGCUCAGAAAGGUGGAAGACGAUGUCCGCCAAGGAAAAAGGAAAGUUUGAGGAUCUAGCGAAACAGGACAAAGUACGCUAUGAAAGAGAGAUGAAGACUUAUGUUCCACCAAAAGGUGAAAAGAAGAAGAGAACUAAAGAUCCAAAUGCACCAAAGAGGCCCCCAUCUGCUUUUUUUAUCUUCUGCUCUGACUAUCGUCCUAAAAUUAAAGCAGAAGCCCCAGGCUUGUCCAUUGGCGAUGUUGCCAAGAAGCUGGGAGAGAUGUGGAACAGCACUAGUGCUGAAGACAAACAGCCUUAUGAAAAGAAAGCAGCAAAACUGAAGGAAAAGUAUGAGAAGGAUAUUGCUGCCUAUCGUGCAAAGGGCAAACCUGAAUCUGCUAAGAAGGGACCUGGUAAGGCAGAGAAGACCAAGAAAAAGAGGGAGGAGGAAGAGGAUGAGGACGAUGAAGAGGACGAGGAAGAAGAUGAGGAGGAAGAAGAGGAGGAAGACGAGGAUGACGAAUAGAUCCGCUUUUCUUAAAGCAUAUUUCUUGUUUAUAAAGCAUUUAACCCCCCUGUACACACUUCACUCCUUUAAAAGAAAACAAAAAAAAUCCCAAACAAUUGUAAGGCUGUGUAUAUGAGAAUGUUUUUAAACUGUACAGUGUAUUUGUAUAGUUAACACACUACGAAAGUGUCUUUAGAUAAUCGUGUUUUCAGUGGUGUAGUUCAUAGACCACUAAUUCCGCCUCAGUACAGUUUAGGGGGUUGUAAAAUGGCAUGGAAAUUGCAGUUCUUUCUGGUGGUGCACAGCACAAAUCUAGUUUUACGUGGGGUUGUAGUUUGUUUCCAGUCGUCUUUGUGUUUUUAUUUUUUUUCCUUUUUUAUUUCUCUUGGCGCAUUAUUGAAUAAUUGUUCUUUUACUCUGAAAACCACUCUGUAAUUGCACAAAGUUGCAGCUGUUUAUGUUGACAUUCUGAAUGCUUCUGAAGUUAAUAAAUUUUUUUUAAAUAA